AUUUCUGUAAUUCAUCAUGAAGCGCACGCUCAUCUUUUUUCUGGGGGUGUUGUUGAUUUCUAAGAGGGGGCAGGCCUUCUCUUGGGCUGACAAGGCGAUUUUUUACCAAGACUGUGAAAUUUUCAACCAUGUGGAACUUUAUAGUGGGCCAAUUUGCGGGAGCAAUGGCGUUACGUACUCCAAUAGCCUGUAUUUGGAUUGUGUUAAUUAUCAGUCGAUCAAAAACGUGGCCACGGUGCAUUCUGGACCCUGUUUAUCGAUAGACGAUUACUGCAAGCCGAAUCUGCUUUAUCAACCGAUCUGUGGAUCGGAUGGGGAGACAUACACGAACGUGGAAUCGCUGUUAUGCUUUAAUUUAAAGCGUUCGCGUAAUGUGACAGUGGUGUCACAGGGUACAUGUGACAAUUUCGACUAUUGUUAUCGUGACGGGACCACUCACUAUGGCACCAAUCCUGUCUGCGCCAAUAAUGGCUUCACCUACCAGAACGCAGCUCAGGUGAAGUGUCUGCAGCGACGCAAUCACGACCUGAGGAUUGUUCACGAUGGCGGCUGCACAGUCAGGGAUGUACACGCCAUUUAUGGCACCACGGAGAUAGUCUGCAAGAUUGCCAAAGAGAGGUACGAGUGGAACCCUGUCUGUGCUUCAGAUGGCGUUACUUACUCCAACCCUUUUGAAUUUUUGUGCUACGAGGCUGAUUUGAAGCAGUUGGUGUCCGAUGACGAGUGUGGGACAAGCACACAUAACUCAUGUGCUUUGCUGACGACCUCAGGCACCGCCAAUACGACCUUCACCUUGAAGGACGAAGUUUGCGGAAGCGAUGGCGUCACCUAUCAAAGUAUUCAUCACUUGCAAUGUUACAGCAGUCAAAAUAAAUAUCUGUUUCAGAGGCAUUCUGGGCCGUGUUCAGGGCCGGACGAUAGUCCCUGUGGGUCCAUCCCCGAGGAGGACCUUCGACUUCCGGUGUGUGGCAGCGACAACACGUCGUACGUGAGCCCGGAAGCCCUCUGGUGUGCGAAGUUAUGGUUCCCUCAGAAAGAAUCUUCCAAGAUCGAAAGAGCGAACCAAGAGUCGCCAUUUUGGAGAACAGCGAAGAGCCGAGCACCACUUUCAGAGCCUCGUAAUUUCUUCAAUUUCAAAGCUUACCACAAAAUCCACGGAGAACACUGCAAUGUUGACGAUAAAAGGAGAAUUUUCCAAACCCUUGAAAAGGACACAGCUGAAUUCCUCAACCUCAGAAACGUUCCGCUUCUAUAA